UUCCUUUCCAAUACAAGAUAUUCAGCCAGAGCGCCAUCGGUAUCCUAGAUUAUAUCGUGGAUGCUUAUGCAGAAGGAUAUAGCCUAAUUAAAUUUAUUGUAGUUAGAUUUAAAUAGUUUUAGACAGAUUUAGAUUUUACAAAAUCGUACAGAGAUCGCGCAUUCCAAAAUGAACAUCAAGCAACGUUCAACAGAAAAAACCUCUUUUUUUCAUUAACUAGCGGAGAGAUCACAUGCAAUGCAACACUGUUUGUGUUGUGGAUGAGGUUAAGUUCAACAACCGGUAACCAAGACUCUACAAAAGAUUUUAUACUUUCAGGCGGCAGGAUUUAGCUUUCUCAUUAUUCCGCGAUCAUGAAGUGCCAGGCUCUGUUAUUGACUUUACUAAUGGUGUGCAGUUUGUGCGUUGUAGGCUAUAUUCACAACCAGAAAAAAGAAGAAGCCCAACUGAGCAAGCUGAUCUCUUUUCAAAAUGUAAAGCACCGGGUGACUAAGGAUGUUAUGCAAGAGUAUCAGACUCAUUUAAUUGAAUCAAGUUCUUUGCUAGACAAAAUCAAGAAACAGAUUCAAGACCUGGCAGGAGAAGUCAGAGGAGCCCAAGAUGUUGCAGAAGGGACAAAAAAUGAAGUGGACAUGUGCAACAGUGACCUGAAACGCAUCGCCGAUGAAGCUGUUGCCACAGAAGCUGACAAGACCCAUGUGAAAAGUGAGUUUGAGAAGAAAAAGGCCAGUUUUCAGGAACAGCUGGCCAAUCUGAAAAAGGAAAUGGAGCAACGCAGCAAAGUGUGCGACUAUAUCAAAAAGACAUCAGAUGAGGCAAAGAAGCUGUGCAGUAUUAUGGAGGAGUCUCCUAAUAAAGAGGAGAAAAAAGAAGAGGCAAAGCCUGAGGCACCUAAAGAAGAGGCAAAGCCUGAGGCACCUAAAGAAGAGGCAAAGCCUGAGGCACCUAAAGAAGAGGCAAAGCCUGAGGCACCUAAAGAAGAGGCAAAGCCUGAGGCACCUAAAGAAGCCGCCUAGGAAUGCAGAUGCACAAGAAAUGAGAGCCUGAAGCUGUGAAACUAGAGCAGCUAAUACCAUGGUCAAAUCAAUGAUGAAAAAUUCCAAACAGCUUCAUGGUUUCUGUUGCAUGCAAAGGGGAAAAACUGUAGGUCUCUUCUCUCUGGUUAUUUGCUGAUUGCUUCGUCUAGAUAGGGGGGUUGUUGAUGAUUUAUUAAUUAGCACCUGAGUCUUGUUUGUUCUUUUGUUGCUACAUUUUCUGAUCUGCAAGUUGCCUUUUUAACUUUGCCAUUUCACCAGCUCACUCCAGCUCCCUGGAGACAGCUUUUGCAUUUGAGGAAACAUUUACUGACUGCAUGGGUGGCUUAUCCUUACAAGGAAUCACAGUAGGAGGAUGUGAACCAUGGUGUAACGUUAUUCAGCAUAUUACCCUACAAAUUGAGACCCAGUAUAUUACCUUAACAUAGCUUUUUCCAACUGCCGAAUAAGGCACUGAACCAUGUACAGCACUGAGAAUGCAUGUCUUGCCAACUGUGCCCAGAAAUCCAUUUAAUUAAAUGUUUGAAAACACUUUAGGAGGCUAUGCCAGGAUUGAGAAAAGGCAAACCUUCUUGUUCCUGCUGAAGACCAAAUAAUACUUCACUCUUUUUAAAUUGAUGUACAGAUUUUUAAAAUUAAUUAUAUUUUACCAGUUUGCCACUGUUCAGAUGAAGGUAUCUUCUUGUGUCAUCUUUAUUUUUCAUGGGGACAUGUUAAUGACUCCUCUCAUUUGAGAGAUAAAAACAAAGGAGUGGAGAGAGACUGACCAAAUAGGAGUGGUAGGAGAUGUAGCGCUUCUUUUUGUUCUCCCUCUUCCCCAUUUCUCCCUCAUGCCUUAUACAUAUCUCUUACUUGUAUUUAGGAGACCCUUAAGCUUUUGUCUUUAGUGGGUAUUGUGUGUAUUUGCCAUAAUCUACAGUACAUGUUGAAUUUGAUGAGCUUCCUGUCCUGUAGUGAUUGUGCACUGCAUAAUACUGUGUGUGCAUGUGUAUGUAUCUUUUGCCUCUCUUGUACCUUCCUCAUUUUUCCCCCCAUAGUUACCAUGUGUGUUGUGGCCUACCUUCUGGUCCUUUCGAUUGUGGUACACUCAUGCAUUGGUCAUUUCUAUCAACCAAUCAAAAAAACUGUCACUCCUAAUCACUUAGCCUGUUACCUCUGUACAGUCCUGUACUAAAGACAACCAAUCAGAUGCUCACAGGACCACCCAUAGCAGAAUAGUCAUAAAAGUGCAUCAGUUUCAAUUUAGUGUAAAUGUCUCCUAUAAAAUGUUAUUAAAUAAUGCAAAUCAAUAGUUUAAACUUUAGUGUAUACACAGGAUUUAUAUAUAUUUUGUAAUGAGAGGUACCUGUCUUCCAGGUAAAAACACUUAUUAAAUAACUGACAAUGUUCUGAUAAAGAAUCGUAAUCAAAGUGGUUCUGAAUUAGGAUCACUUUCAUGUAUCGGAAUGAUGUUCAAAAAGAGCCACAACAUAAUGUCAGAUUUCCCAAGCUUAUGUUUUUGUACUCCUCUAUAUUUUUAUUAUUCACUGUUUAGAACAGUUAUGACAGUGAUUUUAUGCAAUGGACAAUAUAUACAAGUGUGAAGAUCAUGUUGUAAGCUUUGGAAAUGUAUUUAUCUGUACUGGAUAUUUAAGACCCUAAAACUGGA